UUUUUUUUUUUUAAAUAUCUGAAACUAGGAAGACAAACUAUGUUGUAAUAAAGGAUGAGCUAAUCCCACAAAGUAACUACAGAGGGUUCUAGAUACAAUUCAAGCCAGUGGUUCCCACGUGCACUGCUCACUUUUCUUGGAUCCCUUUUGGGUGAAUCUGCCUCUUUAACCUGCUGGGAUGAUGCUUUGAGAGCCUUUUGUGGCUUUUUGGCGUGUACACCGGCGCGCAGUACGUGCGUGUGUGCUCCGCACGCAGGGAGGGAAAAAGCGCGCGGUCCAGGCUCUGCGUCACUCCCCGCACCUGGCCAGAGAUUUGUUUAGUGGUGGCUAAUCUGCGGAGGGCACUUCAGCCCGGGUGUUUUUCUGAGUCCCCGAUUUUCCUGCCUGGAGUGCCAGCGUCCCAUCCUGCUUCGGUUCCUGGUUUUUCCCCUCCUGCCAUUCGACCCCAGUGCAAGAAGGAUGAUGCGGGGGAGGGCUGGUGGCUGGGUGGCCUGCGGGUGUGCUGCGCAGUGAUCUUCCGGUCCGUUUCGGAGGAGUGCGUGCAGAGAAGCAGGAUUCCUGCGGGAGCGCGGGCUCCACUACCACCUGCUGAGAGCCUCGCAGGCCAAAGCAGCCCCAGGCAGGGCUACCUGCUAUAAAUAAGCGGUCAAGAACCCGGUGUGUGACUACACAUCCCGCCGCGAGGGCCGUAAUCACUUGUGAGCACGCAGGGAAUAUUCUGGGCCAGGACUUCGCGCUGAGGCUGGAUGGAGCGGCGAUCGUUGCACCUUCCCCGAGCUCUCGUGGGGUGGCGCCAGGUGGCCCCUGGGCCGGCUGAGGAUGGACCGCUGGGGAGCAAGGGGAGGGAGGCCGCGGAGGACCCGCACUGCAGCAGCUGUUGCUCGCCUGUGACUCGCCAGUCUGGGCUGAGUCCCUUAGCCAGAGUCGCGUGGUGAGGAAGGGAAGGGAGGGCAUCUAGUCCUGUUCUUGGCUCCCGGGGGACCCACUAGGGAGAUCCCGACUGCUGUCCCCCCUCCCCCGCCCCUUCUUCCCCCGCGCUCGCCCAGCCCGAGAGGAGGAAACGCGAGCGAGCCGCGCGCAGACACCUCCUCCUCCUCCUCAGCUACUGCUGUCGCCGCCGCGGGCCACACCGCGGAGCCUGUUGCUGCAAGCCACCUCGUACCCGCCGUCUCUUCAACCCGCAAGAGAAGCAGAUACUGUGGAGCGGUCCCCAUCCCAACAGCGUGGGGCCGCAAGAGCGCAGCCAGCUGAGGACCAUAGACGCCCCGCCCGCCCAGGCCAUCUUCUGGGUGCCCCGGAGCACCUGAGCGCCCCAGAUCAGCCCCGAGUUCUGAGCGCGCCACCACACUGGAUGCUGCCCUCAGAAGCAUGUGAAAUAGAUUACUUCAUUUAUAGUAGGAAAAUAGUAGCAAGCUUUCUUGGCUUUCCAGACCUCUCCCAAGAUGGAGGCAAUCACAUUCACAGCGAGGAAGCAUCCGUUCCCUAACGAGGUUUCGGUGGACUUCGGCUUGCAGCUAGUGGGCUCCUUACCCGUGCAUUCUCUCACUACAAUGCCCAUGCUGCCGUGGGUGGUAGCCGAGGUACGAAGACUCAGUGGCCAGUGCUCCAAAAAGGAGCCUGGGAUGAAGCAAGUCCGCCUUUGGGUUUCGCCCUCCGGACUACGGUGCGAACCUGACCUGAGGAAAAGUCAACCGUGGGACCCCCUGAUCUGUUCCAGCAUCUUUGAGUGCAAGCCUCAGCGUGUUCACAAACUGAUUCACAACAGUCAGGACCCGAGCUACUUCGCUUGUCUCAUUAAGGAGGACGCUGCCCACCAGCAGAGCCUCUGCUAUGUAUUUAAAGCAGAUGAUCAAACAAAAGUGCCUGAGAUCAUUAGCUCCAUCCGGCAGGCAGGGAAGAUUGCCCGCCAGGAAGAGCUGCGCUGCCCCUCGGAGUUCGAUGACACCUUCGCCAAAAAGUUUGAGGUGCUCUUCUGUGGCCGGGUCACUGUGGCCCACAAGAAGGCACCACCUGCACUGAUCGACGAGUGUAUCGAGAAGUUCAACCAUGUGAGCUGUGGCCGCAGAAUAGACUGGGAUGCGCCCACGGGGCAACCAUCAGCGCCUGGGGCCCGGCCCAUGCGCAAAUCCUUCUCACAGCCUGGACUGCGCUCGCUGGCCUUCAGGAAGGAGUUCCAGGAUGCUAGCCUCCGCAGUAGCACCUUUAGCUCCUUCGAUAACGACAUCGAAAAUCACCUAAUCGGCGGGCACAAUGUAGUUCAGCCCACAGACAUGGAGGAGAACCGAACUAUGCUCUUCACGAUUGGCCAAUCUGAAGUUUACCUCAUCAGUCCUGACACCAAAAAGAUUGCAUUGGAGAAAAAUUUUAAGGAGAUAUCCUUUUGCUCUCAGGGCAUCAGGCACGUGGACCACUUUGGAUUUAUCUGCCGAGAGUGCUCAGGUGGCGGUGGCGCCGGCUUUCAUUUUGUCUGUUACGUGUUCCAGUGCACAAAUGAAGCUCUGGUUGACGAGAUCAUGAUGACUCUGAAGCAGGCUUUCACGGUAGCUGCAGUGCAGCAGACUGCUAAGGCACCAGCCCAGCUGUGUGAGGGCUGCCCCUUGCAGGGCCUACACAAGCUCUGCGAGAGGAUAGAGGGAAUGAAUUCAUCUAAAACCAAAUUAGAACUCCAGAAGCACCUGACCACACUGACCAAUCAGGAGCAGGCAAUGAUAUUUGAGGAAGUUCAGAAAUUGAGACCAAGAAACGAGCAGCGAGAGAAUGAAUUAAUUAUUUCUUUUCUGAGGUGUUUAUACGAAGAGAAACAAAAGGAACACAGCCAUACUGGGGAGCCAAAGCAGACACUGCAGGUGGCAGCAGAGAAUAUUGGGAGUGAACUACCACCCAGUGCUAGCCGGUUCAGGUUAGAUUCACUGAAGAACAGAGCAAAGAGGUCCUUAACAGAGUCCUUAGAGAGCAUUCUGUCCCGGGGCAAUAAAGCCAGGGGCCUUCAGGACCAUUCCGCCAGUGUGGAUCUGGACAGCUCCACUUCUAGUACUCUAAGUAACACCAGCAAAGAGCUGUCCAUGGGUGACAAGGAGGCCUUGCCCAUCUCUGAAAGCUCCUUCAAACUCCUUGGCUCCUCAGAUGACCUAUCCAGUGACUCAGAGAGCCACAUUGCAGAAGAGUCUGCUCUGUUGUCACCCCAGCAGGCAUUCAGAAGGAGAGCCAACACCCUGAGUCAUUUCCCAGUUGAGUGCCCUGCACCUCCAGAACCUGCCCAGACCUCUCCAGGGGUGUCUCAAAGAAAACUCAUGCGGUAUCACUCCGUGAGCACAGAGACGCCUCAUGAACGCAAUGUCUCCUACCGUAAUGCCCUGCGGAAAAAACUCCAUUCUUCCUCUUCUGUGCCAAAUUUUCUAAAAUUUCUGGCUCCUGUAGAUGAAAAUAACACCUGUGACUUUAAGAACACAAACAGGGACUUUGAAUCCAAAGCAAACCACCUGGGUGACACAGAUGGGACCCCAGUGAAGGCCCGGCGGCAUUCAUGGAGACAGCAGAUAUUCCUCCGAGUGGCCACUCCACAGAAGGCUUGUGAUUCUCCAAGCAGAUAUGAAGAUUAUUCAGAGCUGGGAGAGCUCCCUCCACGUUCCCCUUUAGAACCAGUGUGUGAAGAUGGACCAUUUGGUCCAGUACAAGAGGAGAAGAAGAAAACGUCUCGUGAGCUUAGAGAGCUGUGGAAAAAGGCCAUCUUGCAGCAGAUCCUGCUGCUGAGGAUGGAGAAGGAGAACCAGAAGCUACAAGCCUCUGAGAAUGAUUUGCUGAACAAACGCCUGAAGCUUGAUUAUGAGGAAAUCACUCCUUGUCUUAAAGAAGUAACUACAGUGUGGGAAAAGAUGCUUAGCACUCCAGGAAGAUCCAAAAUUAAGUUUGAUAUGGAAAAAGUGCACUCAGCUGUUGGGCAAGGUGUGCCACGUCAUCACCGGGGUGAGAUCUGGAAGUUUCUAGCUGAGCAGUUCCACCUUAAACAUCCAUUUCCCAGUAAACAGCAGCCAAAGGAUGUGCCCUACAAAGAGCUCUUGAAGAAGCUGACCUCCCAGCAGCACGCCAUCCUCAUUGACCUCGGGCGAACCUUUCCAACACAUCCAUACUUCUCUGCCCAGCUUGGAGCAGGUCAGCUGUCACUUUACAACAUUCUGAAGGCCUACUCACUUCUGGACCAGGAAGUUGGAUACUGUCAAGGUCUCAGCUUCGUGGCAGGCAUUUUGCUCCUUCAUAUGAGUGAGGAAGAAGCAUUCAAGAUGCUCAAGUUCCUGAUGUUUGACAUGGGGCUGCGGAAACAGUAUCGGCCAGACAUGAUUAUUUUACAGAUCCAGAUGUACCAGCUGUCACGGCUCCUCCAUGAUUACCACAGAGACCUCUACAACCACCUGGAAGAGUAUGAGAUCGGCCCCAGCCUCUACGCAGCUCCCUGGUUUCUCACCGUGUUCGCCUCACAGUUCCCACUUGGCUUUGUAGCCAGAGUCUUUGAUAUGAUCUUCCUUCAGGGAUCAGAGGUCAUAUUUAAAGUAGCUUUAAGUCUUUUGGGGAGCCAUAAACCCUUGAUUCUGCAGCAUGAGAACCUGGAAACCAUAGUGGACUUCAUAAAGAACACACUCCCCAACCUAGGCUUGGUGCAGAUGGAGAAGACCAUCAGUCAGGUGUUUGAGAUGGACAUCGCCAAACAGCUACAAGCCUAUGAGGUUGAGUACCAUGUGCUCCAAGAAGAACUUAUUGAUUCCUCUCCUCUCAGUGACAACCAAAGAAUGGAUAAAUUGGAGAAAACCAAUAGCAGCUUGCGCAAACAGAACCUUGACCUCCUGGAACAAUUGCAGGUGGCAAAUGCUAGGAUCCAAAGCCUCGAAGUCACGGUGGAGAAGCUUCUUACCAGCGAGAGUAAGCUGAAACAGGCUGUGCUGACCCUGGAGAUGGAGCGCUCCGCCCUGCUGCAGAUGGUGGAGGAGCUACGGAGGCAAAUGGCCCAGCCCAGCACUGCAGAGCCGGACUGCACCCGGCUGGAACCUACAGGUGACUGACAGCUGCCAGGAGAGACUGCGCGUGCACCACUUACACUGUCCGGGCCUUAAUGGAGAGAGGGAAGCUGGAAGCAGAGAAGAGAGAGCUUCUCAGGGAGGAAACUGGCUGACCAGCCUGCAGAUUCUUUUGAGCUCAGAAUUUGGAAUUGGAGGACAAAAGUCUCAGAGUUAUUGUUGUUUUUGGUUCUAAUUCGUCCCCUUUCCAGUCCUGGUUGUUGUAGCUUUAGAUGGUGUGGGCGUGAAUAAAUUACAUGUAUGGUUCCUCCUCCUUCAGGGACACAUGGUGUGAAAAGAGCAUUCAUGACACCAGGGUUUCAGAAGCAAGAUGGGCUUGGAAUAGUUCCUCAGGCAAAAAUGUGACCAUGCCCUUGGUGUCACCAUGAGGUGCGGUGGGCCCUUGUCACCUGAGGUGACCCUGGGAAAGGAUGCAGGGGGUUUAUUUAAAUCGGACGCAUUGGUCGUUCCUGACUCCACAGUCACUCCCAUUGGUUCUGAAGAAGCUCAUCUUUUACAAACACAGUGUUUGCUAUGUUUUUGCUUACCCUUUGAAGUCACAGUAGUAAAUGUUUCAUAAGACAUCAGUUUUUUGGUCCCCUGUUAUUGCUAGUGUGUAACCUGCAGCUCUGGGGUCUGGCAUAUUUAUUUCUUUGUGAUUGUUUCGUAUCCACACUAUAGGGCCACAUAUUUUUUUUUGACUGCCGAAUGAUGUAUCACAGCCUUGUCUUGAGUCUUGACCUCUCAGAAAUCUGAUUCCUCAUAGAAGGAACAAAACAUAUCGAGAUUUCCAGGGGCUCCUAAGAUUCUAAAACAUUGCAAAAGAAACCAGGCUGAAAUUGCAGUCAGAUGUGUGGCAGCUGACAGCUUUUCAGAGGUAGGAAGUACGUUUUGAAAAGCACUCAAACACGUGCACUCCUUCCUUGGAAUGGUGAGGACCCUGUGCCUUUAAGCGGAGUGCAGCUCACAGGUGCCCUGCUUCCAGCUGGUCCUGUGUGGAGCAUCAUCCGUGUGUACAGCAAGCUUUUCUAUUUUUAACAUACAAACAGAGGCUUAGGGAAGAACCACCAGCACAGGGGCCUCCUGCAUAUUUGAAUUGGUCCUACCUUGCACUCUACUGGCCCUCUGUUCAUGGAGGUCCGUUGCAACUCUCUUGGUAGGAAAAGAGCCUUGUAAGCCUGGGGUGUAAGGAGAGAUCAUCCACCAUUGGGGUCAUAUGGGAUCUCCUAGCCCUCUCAAAGGGACACCAAAUGGCCAGGAGGGAUAGAAGACUCCCUCUUGGACUUGGGUCAGAGAGUUCUCUCCAUAAACCAACAUGAUCAGUCCCAGUUGAUUCGAGAAGGGUUAGUCGAAGGAGGGUUACAAUGGACAGCUUCUUUCUACAUUGUAUUUUAUUAUUUGAAUGUUUUAAUGUUGAAUUUUGGACAUGUUAUUAAUGUUCAAAAACACUGACUCUGCAGUAAGAAACAAGCAAUAAAACAUAAUUCACA